AUGGAUGGGCGGCAGGACCCUGGCCACUACGAGCUCCUUUUUAUCAUCAUGGACGAGCUUCCAUCCGACGUACUCGCUAUUGUCUUCUCCUUCCUUUCCGGAAAAGCCCUCGCCUCCGCCGCUGCUGUUAGCCGGAAUUGGCGCCACUUAGCGAGCUCUGAUUCGCUGUGGGAGGACCUGCUGCGAUCCGAAGAUCCCGAGGGAUGGCCGAUGGUCUUGUUCGCUGAAACGCAGCUCAGGCUCGGGCGGGGAAGCAGGCCAAAUGACGGCGAAACUCUCGCCGGCCUGCCGUGGAGUGGCAUCUACCGCCUGCGCGCCCAGCUGCCGCCCGCUCUCGUUGUUGACGUGGGGUCGGGGUACUGCAAGUUCGGCAUGAGCAGUGGAGCAGCGCCGUCACGACGCAUUGCCACCUUUCGGGAGUCUGGAAACAUCGAGGCACCUUCUCUCGCCCGCCGGCGAGCCCUCUUCGCCUCCAUCUAUGACAGCAUGAGAGUCAUUCCGUCAAACCACCCUGUUGUCGUCUCCGAACCUCUCGCCUUUCUGCCAGAGACGCGCGAGGCACAGGAGAGGAGGCGGCGUGUGAGGGAGAUGACAUGUGCCGUGCUCUUCAAAGCCUUUCGUGUGCCGUCCAUCUGCCUUGUCGACCAGGCCACCCUGGCUCUGUUUGCAGCGGGGGCAGCAUCAGGCGUGGUGGUGAACAUUGGCUUCAACAACACCACGAUACUUCCCAUCAUGCGCGGCCGCACCGCCUGCAGCCUGCUGCCCUUCUACUGCCUGCCGCUGGGCGCCAUGCGCGUCACGGGGCACCUCACCCAACUGCUGCAUGAGCGGGGGAUGGCGUGCAAGUCCAUGUCCACUGUGCACACCAUCAAAGAGUCGCUGUGCUUUGUGGCGCGGGACUUUGAGGCGGCCAUGGGCGAGGAGAGGGGGGUGAGGGGCACGUGUGAGGUGCCGGGGGAGGGCGCCUUCACGCUCGCCAGGGAGCGCUUCCUCGCCCCUGAAGUGCUCUUCCGACCCUCUCUCUGCCGCCUCGGCUGCAAAGGCAUACAAUAUGAAGUGGCGCGGUGCAUAUUGGAGUGCGUAAUGAGCCUCAAGGCGUUUUUGAAGGCCAGGCACAGCCACGCGGGAGGGGCAGCGGCUGCAGUGGUGGACAAGAGGGCGGAGGAGGGGGGAGGAGCGCCAGGGGAGGGGCGUGGGGAUGAAGGUGCCUCUAGGCGGAUGGGAAGUGCGGACGGGGCAGCAGCGGCGGGUGGGGGAGAGAGGGAGCGGGCACCUGUGACGCUGAGGAGUAAGGAUGUGGGGGAGGCCAUCAGCAACGUGGUGCUGGCGGGGGGCACGUCUGCGCUGCCAGGGAUAGCAGAGCGGCUUCAUCUGGAGCUGAAGCGGCUGCUCCCCCCGCGUCUCACAGACCAUCUCUCUGUGAAGGCGGUGGGGCCGUAUGGCACGUGGAUGGGCGGCAGGACCCUGGCCACUUCGAGCUCAUUCUUAUCAGCAUGGGCGCUAAGCAGGGAGGAAUAUAUGGAGAAAGGUCCGUCUUCUGUUCACGCUCAUGCCAUGGAUGCGCAUAAUACUGCAUGA